GGAGCCCGCUUGCUGGUGAGGUUCGCCGGCGAUGAGUGGACCCACGAGCGGCUCCUGCUCUGGCCCGUCCACCGCGACCGGCGCCACGAGUGCUGGGUGGUGGAGACGCCGGACGGCGACCGGUACGUAGAGCGGAAGGCGGAUUGGCGCUGGCACGUCUCGCUGUUCCACGGCUGGCCCGAGGGCUUCCGCGGCGACGUGGUCAGGUUUCAAGGGGGGCUCCCGCGAGGUGCUCCGCCAGAUGGUGCUGGAGGGCCGCGAGCUCGCGCGCGAGGAGCGCCGCAGGCGUCGCUUGCCCGCGGGGCUCGGCGCCCAUCUCGGGGAGGGGCCCGUCAUGAUGGUGGACUGGCACGGCGACGAGUGCGGGCUGGGCGCGGGGGUCCUUGAGGCCGCGCGGCGGCGGCUCAGGGGCAAACGUGACUUCGCGAGUGCCCCGCAGGCCCCCGAGGCUCCUGGCGACGAGGCGGCCGCGCGCCCCGCCUGGGGCCCGCCCCCGCUGGAGGACGCCGACGCGGUGCUGCUGGUGGCGGAGCUGCACGCUGGAGGCGGUCUGCAGCUCGGCGACGAGGUGGCGGCGACCUCUGGCGACGUCGCGGUGGGGUCGAAGGUGAUCGGCAGCCGCCACGACGGUCGCCCCGUGCUGUGCGAGCGGGUCGCGGUCGGCGACGUGGCCGCCUCGCUCGCCGACGCGUUCGCCAACGCUGGCCGGGCGGCUGGGCGGGGGGCUUUGGUCGAGGCCGCGCCGCCCGCCGCCGAGGCCCCCCUCGACCUCCGCGACUUGGCCCGCGCGGGGCCCGCUGGUGUAGGAGGCGUGGAGACUCCUCGUGAGGGUGGCGAUGCCGUCGGCCGCGAGGACGUCAGGGCGCUCUCGAUGGAGUGGAACGAGCAGGGGGCCCGCUUCAAGGAGUGGCGCCGGGCGGUCGGGGAGAGCUGCGAGGAGCCAUUGGAUGGCCUCGAGCUGCGCGGCGCAGGCACCGCGCUCCACCUCUGCCAGCGGUUCGCGCAACACGGCGGCGACCCGAAGACGUAGAUGUCGAACUCCAGCAAGGAGUACGGGAUCGGCCAGCGCGACCGCACCUGGCACGAGCUGAACUGCCUCGUGACCAUCUUCUGGCUGGCUGGGACCUUCGACGCGGUGCACCUCGGCGGGC